AUGAGGAACGAGAAUGGUCCCGUGUUCGCCAGUACAGAUUACUCUCUCAGCAUCUUCGAUACGACCGUCAUCGGAACAAUCGUCCUCACAGUCACCGCUACUGAUGCUGAUGGGGACAUCAUUGAGUACACUGAUGUGAGGGGAGGUAACUUUGCUGAAUUCUUCUACUUAAACCCCCGGACAGGACAGUUAUCUGUCAAACAGUCGCUGCUGUCAACUCACGAAAGUGUUUUCAAGUUUAAGGUGAAGGCCAGCGACCAGUACAUCCCUCCCAGACUGGCGUUCUCCAACGUGACGGUGUUCAUCCAGCGAGACAGCUCGCCACCGCGAUUUGUGAAUGACCCGUACCGAGCCACCAUUCUUGAGACGGCCGUCAAUGGGACGUCCGUGUUCAGACUGUCAGCUGUUGACAACGACCCCAGGGGUAUUCUUCAGUACGAGGUUGUAGGAGUGGGUGUGGCACCAGCUUUCUUUGCUGUGAACCAGAACACUGGUCUGGUCACGGUCUACAACGACAGAGCUCUUCAGUUUGACAGAGGAGAUGUCUUCACAUUAAGAGUACAGGUGUACGACUCUGCCUACCCCGGCGUCCGCGACACGUCCGAUCUGACCAUCAACGUAUUGCGGAACGUGAACAGUCCCGUGUUUACCGUACCCACGUACGUGAUCACCAUUCCCGACACGUACCUGCUGGGCCGCAACAUCACUCAGGUGCAGGCCACAGACGCCGACGGCGACUACGUGCGCUAUCAAAUCAUGGCCAACCAGAGGGCGCUUGAGUAUUACUACAUGAACCCAGACACCGGGAUUAUCUCCCUUAAGAAACCUCUCACUGAAGGCUCGCACAAACAAGAUACGCUGAAUCUUCGAGCCAGUGACCAAGGUGUUCCUGAGAAGUUUGGUUUUGGUUUGGCUGUAAUCAACAUCAUCCGUGACAACGGUCCUCCACAUUUCACACAGCAGCCAUACAUCACCACGACCCCCCGGGACGUCACGGUCAACUCGACGGUGAUCCUGGCCCUCGCCGUUGACGACGACCUGCAGGGUGACAUUGUGUACAAGGUGGUCGGGAACUACCCCGCGCCCACGUUCUUCAACAUCGACUCACGCACUGGGGCGGUACGAGUUAUCAGAUCGGUCGAGUUAGACAGCUUACACACAAACAUGUACUAUGUUUCCAUAAUUGCCUAUGACUCAGUUUAUCCAAAUGCAUUGGCGAGUGCCACAGCUACAGUCAACAUCAACCGCAAUCCUAAUGGUCCUUUGUUCAGUUCGUUAAUAUACGAACGUACAAUAGACGAAGAUACAGUGAUUGGGUCACUCAUUGUAGAUGCAAAUGCUACAGAUUUUGAUGGGGAUGUUAUACGGUUCAGUCUACAAGGAGAUGACAGGGACAGUGAAUUUUUCUAUCUGAAUGAAGACACUGGAUACAUUUCUCUGAAGAAAAAUUUACUAGAGACCAAUAUCAACCAGUUCAGGUUUACUGUGAUAGCAAGUGAUCAGAAUAAGCCGGUUCGACUCUCAACAUCGGAAGUGAUCAUCAACAUCAUUAGGGAUGAGGCGGCCCCUCGGUUCGUGUCACUGCCCUAUGAAACCAUCGUCCUGGAAACGGCGGACGUCGGAACCACCAUUUACCGUGUGACAGCGGUGGACGCGGAUCGCAAAGGAACUUUGAAUUACCUGGCUACUGGAGAUUUUCAGGCAACGUUCUACUUUGGUGUUGAGCAAACCACUGGAGUAGUGACAGUCCGAAACAAUCUUAGAGAUGAUAUUCUAAGUCUGUACACUCUGCGGAUAAUUGCCUAUGACGAUGGUUCCCCCGACAAGACUGGCACCGCCACAGUGAACAUCUUGUUAACGAGAAAUCCCAGCACGCCUGUUUUUGACCAGAACAUCUACGAAGUGACCAUCCCUGCAGCUCACAGUCUUGGAGCCACGGUUGUUGAGGUCAACGCUCAAGAUCAAGAUGGGGAUGUUCUGCGAUAUAGCUUGGAGACUGACUCCCGAAGAGAUGCCAGUGGGAAAGCCUUGCAAUAUUUCUACAUUGUCGAACAAUCGGGAAUUAUUUACCUUCGACUCCCUCUGAUCGAUGACCCAGACAACACAGUCAGAUACACGAUGCUGGUCAAAGCCCGGGAUCAGCGAAAUAAUGAGAAACAAUCUUUUGCAACAGUGAUUGUGAACGUCAUUCGGAAUAAGUUUCUUCCUGUUUUUCUGAGUCAGCCCUACGUGAUACGUAUCUCAGAGAACACAGACCCCGGAACGGAGAUCUACAGGAUGUCCGCAUUUGACCAAGAUAUUUCUGCUCCUGGUGCUUUGCGUUACGGUGUAAUGGGCGACAGCAUUGCCCCAUUCUAUUUUGACGUUAAUAAAACAUCGGGAGUAGUGACACUCAAGAAUGACCUAAAGACUGAUGUUGCCAACUUCAAUUAUGUGCUACGUGUAAAUGUACACGACAUUGUGUACCCAAAUGAGGUUGCCACAGCUACCAUUGAUAUCCGCAUCACAAGGAAUGACAAUCCCCCGAUCUUCACGAUGUUGCCGUAUCGAGUCACUAUUAAUGAGACGACUGGUGUCGGAGUUGGAAUUCUGCAAGUUAAAGCUACUGACGCUGACAACCACCGAGUGAUCUACCGAGCUACAGAAGACGAAGAAACGUUGAAGUAUUUCUAUCUGUCGACCGACACGGGCAUUAUCAGUGUCAAACAGCCACUGACCUCACACUCACAAGUUGAUUACAGACUGACUGUUGUGGCCAGUGACCAGGGCACCCCGGAGCAAACUGCCCAGGCUGUAGUGUUUAUAACAGUUAUCCGUGACCAGGGAGCUCCCGUGUUCCUCAACACUCAGAACUAUCAGACCGUCAUCAACGAAAUCAUCCCCAUCGGCUCAAACAUUCUCACCGUGACAGCUCAAGACGGCGAUCUUCUCGGGACCGUCCGCUACAAGAUGAUCGGAGACUACCCAGCACAGAGCUUCUUUUCACUCGAUCCUCUUGACGGGCAGAUCUCCACCAUUGUUCAUCUGAAAACAGACAGUCUGCGGUCUUCUUUCUAUGUGGUUCGAAUCAUUGCCUUUGACAGUGUGCGUCCAGAUAUUCGCACCACUGCCACUGUCGGUGUAACUGUUCUCAGAAACCCCAGUGCUCCAUCAUUCCUUCAGACAGACUAUGCGACUUCCAUUUCGGAAACAGUGUUUGUUGGCUCUCCUGUUCUCAAUGUGACUGCUGUUGACAGAGACACCGAUGAUUAUGUUACUUAUGAAAUAGUCUCACAAACAGCUGUCCCAGUUUUGACGAGUGGUUCAUACUUUUAUGUGGACAGAAUGUCUGGCAUCAUAACUCUACGGGAAUCGCUCAUGGACAGUCCAGUCAGUCGGUUUUCGUUGCUUUUGCAAGCUUGUGACAGUGGAUUUCCGACUCAGUGUGCUAAUGUUACAGUUCACAUUGAUAUCAUACGCAACCUAUUUUUACCUGUGUUUGAGAACCAACCGUACCUGAUAACUGUGCAGGAAACAAUGCUGGCGUCCGAUCAUACAGUUCUCUUGACUGUCACUGCCACAGAUAGAGAUCUUAGUGUGAAUGGCCAGAUUAUCUAUGAACAAGUCUUCUCUGGAACGUCUUUCUUCAAUGUUAACUCAACUACGGGACAGAUAACCCUGAAAUCAAACCUCAUGUUGGAUACUCGACUACAGUUUAUGUUUCAAGUGUCUGCAUUUGACAGCAAAAACCCACGUCUGAAAUCGACGGCUGAUGUGACAGUCUUUGUUGUGAGAAACCCGAGCGCACCGCGGUUCCUAAAAGACCAGUAUGAAGCAAGCAUUCCCGAGAGUUUUCCUCUUGGUGACGUCAUUGUCAACUCAACGGCAGUGGACAGCGAUGGGGACAAAAUCCACUACUCGAUUGUACGCAAUGCCGCUGAUGAUGGCUUGUUUUACAUCAAUCCCGAUAACGGCCUGAUUUCGCUUCGGCGCCUCUUGUCAACCACAACAAGUCCACAGUACAUGCUUACUCUGAUAGCACGUGAUCAGCGCGUUCCGGAACAGACGGCUACGACACUGGUUUUCAUCAGCGUGUUGAGAGACAACAGUCCUCCCUUCUUUAUGAAUGAACCCUACGUUACCACGGUUACUGAGACCACCGAGGUUAACACCACCAUUAUGGGAGUAAUGGCUACUGACACUGAUCUAAUGGGUCGACUUCAUUAUGAGUCGGUUGGAGUUUAUCCAGCCACCACUUUCUUCACGGUGAAUGAACUGACUGGUAACGUCUACCUUGUACGCAGUCUGCUAACUGACUCCUUGCUUCUUAGAUCAUACACUUUAAAGAUUGUUGCUUAUGAUGAUGCAUACCCCUAUACCCAAGCAACGAGUGACGUGACAGUCACUGUGAUUAGAAAUGAAAACGGCCCAGUAUUCAUUCCAUCAGCUACAUAUGAACGCACUAUUUCCGAAGAUGUUAUUAUUGGCACCAGUGUUGUAUCUGUGUCGGCCAUUGACAGAGACUCUGGGGAUGUGGUUACAUACAGGAUGUUAAACUCGUCUUCCAGUGGAAGUACCUAUUUCUUUGUUGACCAGGACACGGGCGUGGUUAGCACUCGAAAGACUUUAACAGAAGCGCCGCUAAAUCUUUACACUCUGACGAUCCAAGCGACAGAUGAUCGAGGUCGAUUUGCGUUGUCCUCGGUGCGUAUUAUCAUCACACGUAUCACAGACGCUCCACCUCGGUUUGUGCAGACCCCUUACAAAACAACUAUUGAAGUUACCAGGCCCAUCAAUGGUACAGUGUUCCAUGUCCAAGCUGUUGACGACGAUCCAGGGAGUCGGAUCCGUUAUGAAACUAUUGGUUACUUCCCUGGCACUGAAUACUUUACCCUGAAUCGAGAUACUGGUGAAAUCAUUCUCACAAGAAGUUUUGUGAAUGAUCAGUUCAGCUCACAGCUGUAUGUACUCCAGAUUCAAGCGUAUGAUGUGUUCAGACCUGAUGUACGAGUUGCUGAGAAUGUUCACAUUGAGGUAAUCAGAAAUCCUAAUCCGCCAGUAUUCCACGACAGCUUUUACGUGACGACAAUCUCAGAGUCUGUCGAGGUGGGCGCGAGUAUCCUCAAAGUCAUAGCUACAGAUGCCGACGGGGACAAAACAGUGUAUGCGAUCACCGACCUAUCCGGAAGCAUGGAUGCGAACACUUUCUUCUACCUGAACCCGAGUACUGGCAUCAUUUACGUGAAAUCAGAUCUCACUCAGGGUCAUUCUCCACAAUACACGUUCAACGUACAAGCUCGAGACCAGUCUUACCCGGAGAAGUUUGGCAGCACGUCUGUUCAGAUAAACAUUGACCGCGAUCAGUCCACUCCUCAGUUUGAUCGGCAGACCUACUUGACCACCAUCCUCGAGACUCUGCCCGUCAAUUCCUCACAGCCAAUAGUUACAGUGCUCGCUGUCGACAGAGACGUUCAGGAUCACAUGGUGUAUGAAGCAGUGGGCGAUGGAUCAGCUUUGGCCUUCUUCAGAAUUGAUCCCAUCACUGGAGCAAUUUUUGUCAAGACUCCUUUGCUUGAAGACAGUCUAGUGCAGUACACACUUCGUGUUAAGGCCUAUGAUUCGUUUUAUCCACUGAAUGCUGGUUUUACGACUGUGUUGGUGAAUGUAAUACGCAACCCAAGUGGUCCCGUGUUUACAAAACAGAACUACCUUGAAACCAGGAGUGAGUACACAGCAGUUGGGUCUCUCAUCACCACGGUAACAGCAGCAGAUUCUGAUGGGGAUGUUGCAGUUUACACUCUUCUUGGAAGUCCCAGUGCUCUCCGGUAUUUCUACGUUUCCCCUGACACUGGCGGAGUCUAUUUGAAAACAUCCCUCAUGUCCAAUCGGCUUACCAACCAAUACAUACUGUAUAUCAAAGCCAGCGACCAACGUGGGCCAGUUCGCUCCACAAACACAACACUGAUGGUCAAUGUGAGGAGAAAACAAGCACCGUUCUUCAUAAACGUGCCAUACGAGAUCUCGAUUACGGAGAAAGCACCGAUUGGACGAUCUGUUUAUCAAGUGACAGCUGUGGAUGUCGAUGUAGAGAAUGAAAUAACAUACAGUGUGACAGGCGAAGCACCAGCUCCUAGUUACUUUUCUGUGAACUCCACGACCGGCGUGAUAUCUGCACGAGCCAGCCUCAUGGUAGACACAGUGCAGUAUUUAGUUCUGUGGGUUCAGGCGACAGACGGUCACCAGACAGCCACAGUGGAUGUGAAUAUAUUCGUGAUCAGAAAUCAGAAUCCACCCAUCUUUAUUGCCGAGCCGUAUGGUAUUGAACUGAGAGAAGAUUUCAGUUUGGGUUCAAGCUUCUUCAAUGUUACAGCAGUUGAUGCCGACAAUGAUCGAGUUUUGUAUCAGCUGCUUGGAGAAAGCAGUGCUCUCGAGUAUUUUUACCUCAACCCUGCUACUGGUCACAUCUUCCUAACCAGACGCCUCACAGAAACAAACAUCAAUGCAUUUAAACUGACAAUCCGUGCGAGUGACCAGCGAAGUCCUGAACAGACUGCCGACACAAUUGUUCAGAUCUCUGUGAAGAGGAACCAGUUCCCACCGGACUUUGUGAUGGCUGCGUAUAAGAUUGCCAUUCCAGAAUACCAGCCUGUCAACAGUACCAUAUACAAUCUGCAGGCUACUGACAGAAACCCACGGCCAGAGGGUAACAUCGUAUAUGAAGCUACAGGACUUUACCCAGCUCAGACUUUCUUCUCUGUUGUCAAGACCUCGGGGGAUGUCAAGAUUUCUCAGUCUCUUAAAAACGAUGGCCUAGCUCGGGGUGAAUAUACUCUUCAAGUGAUUGCCUACAAUAGUGCAUUCCCAGCACAGAAGGAUACUGUCCACCUGUCUAUCUCUGUGGGCCGGAAUCUAAACGUGCCCGUGUUUUCCAAACCGCGAUACUCGACCACUGUAGAUGAAAAGUACCCUCUCGGCAGACCUCUCAUUAACAUCACUGCUAUGGACAAUGAUGAAGAUGAAGUCGAGUAUGCAAUAAUCCGAGACAACACGGGAGGAUCCUCACUGUCAUUUUUCUUCAUGGAACUGAAGACGGGAUCCAUCUAUCUGCGUCGACCACUCACUGACACCACAGUCAGUCAGUUUAUGAUGACGGUACUGGCCAGUGACAGUGGACGACCCAUGCGUAAGACAGAGGUCGAGGUUGUUGUGUUUGUACGACACGAUCUGUUUGCCCCAGUUUUCCAGAGAACUCCUUACAUUGUGACAAUUCCCGAGAACACAGCAAAUGGAAGCCAUGUUUUUGCUGUCAUGGCAACCGACCGCGAUCCUGUGGGACAAGUGAUGUACAUGGUUGUAGGUGUUCCGCCAGCGCCGUCGUUGUUUACCAUCCGGCAGAAUGGCAACAUUGUUGUCCGAGGCGACCUUAGAAAUGAUUUAUCCAUGCUUUAUGUGCUGCGGGUGCGAGCGUAUGACAGCGCUAACCCUGAGGCAUUCACAGAAGAGGAUGUCACCAUCAACAUUCGCAGAAAUGUGAAUAUGCCGACAUUUGGGGCCUCCACUUUCUCUGCUAGGAUUUCUGAAGCCAUGCUGAUUGGAAAUUCUGUCAUUCAGCUCACCGCUACAGAUGUUGACAAUGAUCGUCUGACGUACUCGAUAACGAGAGACCAGCGGUGUCGGUCUGCUUUCUACAUUGCUGGAGACAGUGGCAUCGUCUACCUCAGAGAAUCCGUCCUCCACACUGCAGACAGUGCUUUCACCUGCACCGUAAUGGCCAGUGACAAUGGGUACCCACAUGAGAACACUGUGUCUGUGACUAUGUUAAUCGGCGUGGACCGCGACACGGAACUCCCACAGUUCACUAAUGGCGGUCGUUACUCGGUGGUCGUACAGGAGGACAUGGAUGUCGGCCGCUCCAUCCUCAGAGUGUCGGCGUUCAGAACCGCCCUGGUGGGUCGUAUUUUCUACCAGACGGAUGGUGAUUACCCAGCUCCCAGUUUCUUUGAUGUGAACAAUGUGACAGGUGACGUGCGAGUCAAACAAGAUCUCCGUCACGACAACUUGCAGCUCGGAUCUUACACGCUGAAAGUGAAAGCAUAUGACACUGAAGUCCCCUACCUCAAGUCAACCGCCGAAGUGUUCGUCACAAUUCUGCGAAACCUGAAUGGUCCGAUCUUCUGGCCGGCGGUGUACAGAGUGACUGUUCACGAAGACACCACAGUGGGAACGUACAUCCAGAAACUGAACGUCUCCGACCCUGACGGUAACCUGGUGAAAUGUUCAUUAUCUGGAAAUGGAGUGAAUCAUAACUUCUUCAGAAUCGAUCCCUCAACAUGUCUUGUCAGUAUUAAAGAACCUCUCGUCAAUGACAUGGAGAGAUCCACAGAAUACACCAUCACUGUAAUUGCGCGUGACGCCGUGGAAAGAAACCCGCAGUUUGCCAGCGCUAGCGUCAUAGUGAAAGUGUUACGAGACAUCUGGGCGCCGCAGUUCAUGAACCUGCCAUCGACACUCGACUUGACGGAGCACCAGACUGUCGGUCACACAGUGUUCAGUGCCAGCGCCACUGAUCGGGACAGAGAGGGAGUUCUGACUUACGAGCUGAUUGGCUUGUUUCCUGCUCAGAGUUUCUUUGAGGUCAGACCACGGACUGGCGAAGUUGUUCUGCGGAAUAGUCUGCUCUCGGACAGCAUUGGCCACAUUUCCUACACUAUUCGCAUUCAAGUGUAUGACAGCUUGCGUCCUGACAGUCGUACACAUGGCGAUCUGACCGUGCAUGUCCAGAGAAACAUAAAUGGACCAGUGUUCACCAAGACUCGGUAUGAGGUGUCAGUCGAAGAGAUGGAGACACUCGGAAACAUCAUUCUCCAGGUCACAGCCACGGAUGCUGAUAAUGACCGAGUCACAUACAUCAGCCUCGGCGGGGAGAGUGAAAGACAACUGUUUUACCUGAACCCCGAGAGUGGCAGUAUCUCACUGCGGUCUCCGGCUACGCAAGCUGCACGCAAUCAGUAUGUGUUUGAAGUUCAAGCGACUGAUAAUCGGGUUGGUAACCUUGCUCGAGUUUCUCAGACGUCAGUUGUUAUCACUGUCCUACGAGACAGAGGUCCCCCGGUUUUCCACAACACCCCUUACGUUGUGAAUGUUCCAAUCACGCAGGCUGUCAACUCGACAUUCUUCAACGUCCUUGCCAUUGACCCCGACCCUAAAGGUCAGAUGAGAUACAGACUUGAUGGGUUCAGCCCAGGAACUGACUAUUUCUCGCUACAGGGCACGACGGGAGAAAUAUUUGUACGACAAGACCUUACUAGGAAUACUGAUGUCUUUGCUUCAUAUACGCUUUUGGUGUCUGCAUAUGACAGUGGUAACUCAGAAAUCAUCAGCUCUGAAUCUGUUCAGGUUAACAUACUGCGAAACCUGUUUUCCCCCGUCAUUUCACCCACUCAAUACAGCAAGAGUAUCUACGACUUCCAGCCUGUAGGCAGCAGUGUUUUCCACGUCACAGCGUCCGAUGAUGACAUCACCAGCCCAGAGAACACCUUCACGUUUAAGAUUGCCACGGGUUCAACAGCUAACGAGUUCUUUACAAUUGACCCAUUUAGUGGGCUGGUGAGAGUCAAUAAGGAUCUCACUCGGAGUACUACAAGUUAUUAUGUGUUUGAAAUUGUUGCCUACGAUCAUGCAGCCUUAGUCAGAAGCUCAUCAGCUACCGCCACAGUCAGUCUGAUCAGAAACAGCGGUAUUCCCGAGUUCGUUAGUCCAGGCCGUUACGACAUCACAGUGUCUGAGAUCAUCCCCGUCCUCGAAAACAUCGUCACUGUACGAGCUACCGACUCCGACGCAGCCGACACACAAAAUGGUCAGAUUCGCUACAGCCUUACAAGUUCACCUGAAGUACUGAGACUUUUCCAAAUUGAUUCUGUUGGUGGAAACAUAACUGCUCGGGUCUCUUUGACAACCGCCACUGACAAUCUCUAUCAGCUGAUGGUGCGAGCGAGUGACCGAGGUGUCCCCACUCACAUGUCCGAGACUAUCGUCACAGUGCGUAUUCGCCGCGAGGGUCUGCCGUUCUUUGAAGAAGCCGAGUACACCGUGACUCGAUCCGAGGAUGCCGCACUCCACACAACCAUCAUUCAGCUCCACGCCUCAGACCCGCUCGGUAGAGAGCUCACCUAUGAGAUAACAGGUGACGGUUUGGCAUCCACACUGUUCCGUAUCGACCCUGCGAGUGGCCUCGUCACCCUGGCCCAGUCUCUGAAGACUGACCGCGCCAACACGUACAUCGUCCGCGUGGUUGCAUAUUCCGCCAGCGACGCCGCAGUGAAGACCACCACGCUGAUACGUGUUGUUGUCAUGAGGAACGUACACGCUCCGAGGUUCCAUUACGGUCCAAAGGCAUACACACUGUCAGAGGAUCAGGCUCUAGGAGUGGAGUUUGGCAGAGCUAAUGCGACAGAUGUCGAUACAGGAGAAAAUGGCCAACUGACCUAUUCCAUCGCCUCCAUGAACUCCAACCCAAUAUACGCAAGAGACUUCUUCUACAUUAACCCAACCAGUGGCACCCUCUCAGUAACCAGGAUGUUAUCAGAGGACGAGUCUCGACCAGUCCGUUAUGUAUUGUCUGUUGUCGCCACCGAUAACGGGGUGCCGAGACGAUCCGAUGUGAUUGAAGUGACUGUCAAUGUUGUGAGGAACCGAAAUGGUCCGGUGUUCAUGAAGAACAAGUAUGAGUUGGACAUUGAUGAAAACAUAGCUGUCGGCAGCAGUCUGCUACAAGUGUCUGCCACAGACGUAGAUGGGGAUCGCAUUGUCUACAAGUUACUGUCCUCGAUUCCAGCUUCUCUCUAUUUCUCUGUUGAUGCCAACUCUGGAGAGUUCUAUGUUGUCGCCACAGUAGCACUGGACAGCACUAUUAAAUACAUGAUGACUGUUCAGGCCAAGGAUACCCCAGUUGAAGGUGCGAUGCCGCGGAUGACAACCGUACGGGUUAUAAUUAAUGUGCGGCGUAAUGCCAACGCCCCUGUGUUCCCAUCGGGUUUAUUCAACAUCACAAUAUCAGAGUAUACAGAUGUUCAGUCAGCCAUUGCAGUUGUCAAGGCAACAGAUGCUGAUCCAAGAGAUAAACCAAGUGGCAUCAUUGUGUACAGUAUUAAAGGAAUCAGCUUCCCGCCUCAGUCUCGAAGACUACCCAACAACUUUGCGUUCUUUGUGAUCAGUCCAUCGACUGGAGAGAUCUAUCUCGCCCAAAAACUAAUUGAUUCGGCUGGCAUUCCUAGUACUUUCUAUCUGGAGAUCGAGGCCUCCGACAGCGCGGUUCCCCCGAAAACGUCCACGAAGACGCUGACGAUAUCAAUAGUGAGAAACCAGAAUGCCCCCCUCUUCACUUCCCCCACCUACUCGAGCAACAUCGAGGACACCUCCGCCAUCGGCCGCUCUCUCUUUGUGGUGACAGCCAUAGAUGCUGAUGAAGAUGUAGAGUGGAAUAAAAAGACUCCGAAUGCGUACAUUGACUACAUGAUUGACCCUGCCUACCCCUCGGCUGUGAGAUAUUUUGGAGUCACUAAGGAGGGCCUGGUCUACGUGAGGAACUCGCUUCUCACCGACAGGAAGGAGAGCUACUCUUUCUAUGUUAUCGCCAUUGACAAGAGCUGGCAGCCACUAAGCAGUCGUGCACCCAUCAUCAUCAAUGUAAAGAAGAUUGACGUCGGCAUCCGAAAACUGGGAUUUACUUCCCCUGUCUAUUAUAUUUCUGUGGAGGAGAACACAGUGUUUGACCCUCGCCAUGUGAUACCAAUUCUCGACCUAGACGUAGAAAACCAGAACAUCGCUCAACGAGUCUCCUGCUCCAUAUUGCUCAUCAACAGCAAAACACCUGACCACAGAGCUAUCUUCAAUGUGAGGAGCACAUCGGAUGGCAAGAACUGUCAGCUCUACUUGAUCAGCAACAUGGACCGUGAACAGGGCAACCGCUACAACAUCACCAUCGGUGUCCGACACCAUUCGCACGUCACCAAGAGACAGGUGGCAUCAGUGUUCAACACUUGGCAGGUUACGUACGUCAUUAUGAGUGUUAACGACGUGAACGACAAUGCUCCCCAGUUUACCUACCCUCGGUAUCCUAGUAACAUCCAGGCCCUGCACACCUACAUAUCGGCCAUCAGCAUAGACACACCUCCCAACUCGAUCGUCGGAGAAAUCAUGGCAUUGGAUCCUGAUUUUGGUGAGAAUGGAACUGUGUCGUAUUCCCUGCAGCGAUCGUCGGUACUUACACACGAGAUGCCCUUCUACGUGAACACCGAUGGCGACAUCCUGUCCACUGCUGACUUCUCCCAUGAGAAAACCGCUCCUCGUCAGUUCGUCUUCACAGCCGUCGCGCAUGACAACUCCUACAUUGCGGUGCAGACCACUAAAACAAACUACUAUGUGAACCUGAUAGAGAACCGGAACCGGUUCAUCUUGGUGGUGAUGAAGAGCUCCGCAGAGGAGGUGAUACCGAAACUGGAACACUACCGCCGCGGUCUACAGAAUGUCACCGGUCGCGUCGUCCUCGUGGAGAUCGUGCGAGCCAGGCAGCAUCUUGUGGGCAAAAUACUCGACUACGAUCCCACCAGUACUGAUGUGGUAUUUGUUGUUGUUAACAGUCAAACCUUCUACCUAGAAGAUAAUUCCGACAACAAUAUCGUGACUUCAACAUCGUAUCAAUCCCAGCAGUUCCUCCUGCAAGUCCGACAGUCACUCGUUUCUCUGAACGCUGUUAUCGACAAGAUCCGUGUUCCAUUCGACCCGCUGUCAAUGGAGGGCAGUUCCACGAGACUGGGCGGUGGGGGCGGCGUGACGGUUCGACUCACCAAGUCAUACGUGUGGUGGUUACACAACCCGUGGGCAGCGCUGGUCUCUCUGGCCUGUAUCAUAAUCCUUCUCGCCAUCGUGGCCAUCAUCAUACUCCUACACACCUGGGCACGAUAUAGAAUGUACCUGCAUCGAUUCGCUGUGUUUCAUACCAGCCUAGCAAGUCCUGAUUUCACCGAACCUCCGAGUUUCCUGCGAGAAUAUGAAACACAGAGUCUGAACAUGUAUGUUCCACCAGACGAGACGGUGCAGGAGCUGGGAGAGAUCAACAUGAACUUUGAGGGCGAUCUCGGGCCUCCCCCGCUGUCUAACAGUGGACCAGCUCACGGCAGCGCUGUCAUCAGGAACCCAAUCUACCAAGGGGAACUCAGCCACUCAUUGGUGCACGAAGAAGGAACAACCAUGCUCUAGAGGGAUUCAAACAACCAUUCUCUAGAGGGAUUCAAACAACCACACUCUAGAAUCCUGAAAAUAAAGACUUAAAAAAAAUUGCAGAUGUGAUAAAGUUGAUCCUGUGGAAAAUUAAUAAGCAGGCACCUGUGCAGGGGUAGUGUUUUUUUGGUGGUUGAAACCCUCCUCCACCGCCCAACCCACCCCGCUCAAGCAAAUUUUCUCCUUUUUUUUUCCAAUACAUUUUCCAGAGAAGCAUGUCUCAACCUUCCUAUAUAUAAACUUCGACCUUCCUAUAAACUUUGCUAGUGCCUCAGUCUAGACCCCCCCCCCCCUCGUUAAAAUUCCUGCACAUGUACCUGAUAAGCAUGAGAUUUGUGAACAUGUUCUGGUUUAGACAGUGUGUUACACUGGACAAGUUUUAGUGUUAUGAACUAAUUUGGUUCAAACAGUUAUUUAUUGAAACAAAUUCUAAUAUAUUCUUCACGUUUUACUUCAACUUUUAACAAAUAUGUAUAUUGUAUGUACCAUUUGUAUUUAACAAAUUAUUUAUUUUUAUUAUUAAAGUUUACAUUUUUUAAUAUUUUAAAUAAAAAGAUAUUUUUA